CCGAAAAAAACACUCUCCAUCUCCUCAUUAGUAAAAUUAGGGUUUUUUCUUCCCGCCACUUGCCUACUUCGCCGGAAAUCGUCUUCCCGAGAUGGAUACUUCAAGUCCUGCUGCUUUUGUGAAUGGAGCUUUGUUGAGACGUUACAUUGGUCAGAAAGUGAGAGCUGUUGUUCAGGUGAUCCGGUCUGAUAUUGGAUCCGUCACUGGGAAAUCGACUGAUGAUCAGCAGAUUGUUGUCAAAGGCUCGCCUCCUCCCUCUCUGACCACUUACCUCGAGGUGAUUGGAAUCGCUGAGAGCGAGAACACAAUUCGAGCUGAUGUUUGGACCAACUUUGGUGACAAUUUCGAUGCAGGGAACUACAAUGAGCUAUGUAAGCUCGCGAAUGGGGAGUUUAGACACAUGUUCAUCUAGAAUUACUGGCGAUGAAUCUCGGAAGCUCUUCUUGUUUGGUGUUAGUUUCUUCGGUUUUAUGUAUGGAAAAACUCUUAUGUUUCAUCAUGUGACUUGCUAUGUUAAUCUGACUUAUGAAUCAUAUGCUUUCUGGUUUAGUG